GGACAUCUUUCACUUACAGCCUCACUUUAUAGGUCGGCAGGAACUUGUCUGUCUUAGUUUGUUCUGGUACAACUUUCCGUUUCUGAUUUCCGGUCCGGCUCAGCAGCUCGUGGGAAAAGCCGCACUGGUCAUGGACGACGAAGAGGCUGAACUGCGAAAUCCCUUUCCCUCGCCGCCGUCGCAUUAUACUCGCUACACGACCCACAAUCUCAAGCUGCUCGCCCUGCUCAAUGAACGAGCACCCAAUGAAGAGACCCCCAAUCAACAGGAGGUCUUGUCUGAUCAGGUGGACGUCCCAGAUUGGCCCUUGAAGCAACUCGAGAAACCACGCGUUGACUGGAUUCUUGACGAGCCUGACGCCUACUACGAUGUGUUUGGUGACCGUUGGUCGGUCAAGGAGACGAUACCCCCACUGGCGGAGGCUGGCAUCACACAGCUAUACCCUUCUGAUCCUAGUGCUGACCGACGACCGGCAUUGCUAUCCGUCUUACGUUCCCUUCUCGUGACAUAUUCCUAUCUCACGUCCGCUCUGCUCGCUCCGCCCCUCACAAAUUCUUCUCGUGAGAAUGUGGAGCCCGAAUGGAAACGUCACGUCGAUUGGAUAUCCAUCUUGAGUCAAAACAUAUUAGCUGCAGCAAAUGACCUCCGGCCUGUCCAGGCGAGGGGUAAUUUGGAGCUCAUCAUGAAGCGGCAAUUGGAACUACGGAGAAAAGAAACUGCUGCCCUUCACGCAAAAUGCGACUCCCUCGAAAUUAGACUGGCGGAACUUCGGGCAUCUGCGCAAAAUUCGUCUCAGACGAAUGAACAGGUAUCGUUCACUACGUUUCAGCACACGGACAUUAAGCCCUCAGGAACUGAUGAGCGCGGACCGAGCAAUGAAGACGUACUUUGCUGGGUGGAAGAAAUAUAAUAAACACUAGUUCUUGUAUGUAACUGUAGUAUAUUUAUUUCAAUAAUUUCAAUUCGAGCCACGUGACCAUACUAGGC